CGGCGGCGGCGGCGGCUCCAAGAUGGCGCAGACGAUCUUCGAGGCCCUUGAGGGAAUGGACAAUCAGACUGUCCUGGCUGUCCAGUCAUUGUUGGAUGGCCAAGGAGCAGUCCCUGAUCCAACAGGCCAGAGUGUCAGUGCACCCCCUGCUAUCCAGCCAUUGGAUGAUGAGGAUGUCUUUCUUUGCGGGAAGUGUAAGAAGCAGUUCAACUCACUGCCAGCAUUUAUGACCCACAAGCGGGAACAGUGCCAGGGGAACGCCCCGCCCCUGGCCACUGUCUCGCUGGCCACCAACAGCAUCUACACGCCUUCAGCAGCGCCCACAGCAGUCCAGCAGGCCCCGCCUCCUGCAAAUCGCCAGAUCUCUACAUAUAUCACGGUGCCCCCAUCCCCACUGAUCCAGACCUUGGUGCAGGGGAACAUCUUGGUGAGCGAUGACAUGCUCAUGUCUGCCAUGUCGGCUUUCACAUCCCUGGACCAACCCAUGCCCCCGGGCCCCCCACCUGUGCAGAGCAGCCUGAGCAUGCAUUCUGCACCCGGCUACCUCGCCCAGCCUCCGCCACCCCCUCCGCCCCCUCCACCACUGCCCCCACCCCCACCACCCCAACCCCCACCACCCCCACCUCAGAGCCUGGGUCCCCCCGGGCGGCCCAACCCCGGUGGGACUGGUGUGGUGGAGGUGUACAGUGCCACAGCACCCCUGGCUGGAAGUGGAACAGUGGAGAUCCAGGCAUUGGGAAUGCAGCCGUACCCACCCCUUGAGGUGCCAAACCAGUGUGUGGAGGCUCCAGUAUACUCCACCCCCCCAGUGUACAGCCCCGGCAAACAGGGAUUCAAACCAAAAGGACCCAACCCCACUGCCCCCAUGACCAGCGCCACUGGGGGCACGGUGGCCACCUUUGACUCCCCACCGGUGCUGAAGACCCGACGGGCCAAAGGUGCCAGUGGACUCCCAGAAGCUGCAGGGAAACCAAAGGCUCAGAAACUCAAGUGCUCGUACUGUGACAAGUCAUUCACCAAAAACUUCGACCUGCAGCAGCACAUCCGAAGCCACACUGGUGAGAAGCCCUUCCAGUGCAUUGCAUGUGGCCGUGCCUUUGCCCAGAAGUCUAAUGUCAAGAAACACAUGCAGACUCACAAGGUCUGGCCUCCAGGGCGCAGUGGUGGUACCGUCUCUCGCAACUCUGUGACUGUACAGGUCAUGGCCCUGAACCCCAGCCGGCAGGAAGAUGAGGAAAGCACAGGGUUGGGACAGACACUGUCGAGUGCCCCACAGCCCCAGGCUUUGCCCACAGCAGGUGAGGAUGAGGGGGACAAGAUGGAGGCCAAGCAAGUGGUCCUCAUUGAUAGCUCCUACCUGUGCCAGUUCUGCCCCAGCAAGUUCAGCACUUACUUCCAGCUCAAGUCCCACAUGACCCAGCAUAAGAAUGAGCAGGUGUACAAGUGUGUGGUCAAAAGCUGCGCCCAGACGUUCCCAAAGCUCGACACAUUUCUGGAGCACAUCAAGAGCCACCAGGAGGAGUUGAGCUACCGCUGCCACCUCUGCGGCAAGGACUUUCCCUCGCUGUACGACCUGGGCGUGCACCAGUACUCUCACAGCCUCCUGCCACAGCACAGCCCCAAGAAGGACAGCACGGUCUACAAAUGCGUCAAAUGUGUCAACAAAUACUCUACCCCUGAGGCCCUGGAACACCACCUACAGACCGCCACUCACAACUUCCCCUGCCCGCACUGCCAAAAGGUGUUUACUUGCGAACGCUACCUGCGGCGUCACCUGCCCACACAUGGCAGUGGGGGCCGGUUCAAGUGCCAGGUGUGCAAGAAGUUCUUCCGGCGGGAGCACUACCUCAAACUGCAUGCUCACAUCCACUCAGGUGAGAAGCCCUACAAAUGCUCAGUGUGUGAGUCCGCAUUCAACCGCAAAGACAAACUGAAGAGACACAUGUUGAUCCAUGAGCCAUUCAAGAAAUACAAAUGCCCCUUCUUGACACACACAGGCUGCAGUAAGGAGUUCAACCGACCAGAUAAGCUGAAGGCUCAUAUCCUCUCCCACUCUGGCAUGAAGCUCCACAAGUGCGCCCUGUGCAGCAAGUCCUUCAGCCGCCGCGCCCAUCUCGCCGAACACCAGCGUGCCCACACGGGCAACUACAAGUUCCGCUGUGCUGGCUGCGCCAAGGGCUUUUCCCGCCACAAAUACCUCAAGGAUCACCGCUGUCGCCUCGGCCCCCAAAAGGAUAAGGACCUGCAAGCCCGGAGACCCUCCCGGAGGAGGGCGGCUCCCCGCAGUGGUAGCAGUGGUGGGCACAAGGCGGUGACCCCCAUGCCUGACCCACUGGGGCUGGAGGAGUUGAAGGACACGGGGACUGGGCCAGUGCCCGAGGCUGCCCCAGGCAAGCCGCCCUUCUCGGAGCCAGACGCCGUGCUUUCUAUCGUAGUGGGUGGCACGGUGGGCAGUGACCCUGAGCUGGUAGUGCCUGGGCAUGCCGAAGGCCUGGGCCCCAACCUGGCACUGGCAGAGCUGCAGGCAGGGGCUGACGGCCCCUGUGCCAUGCUUGCUGUGCCUGUCUACAUCCAGGCCACGGAGUGAUGGACCCGUGGCGUUUGCUCCAUGGCCCAGCCUGACGCUCACCCUUGGGUCUACAGCCUCUGGGGCCGUCUAGAGAUCCUUCCCAGUGGAAGCGAGCUGUCAGCGGAAAACCUUUCGGAAUGUCACUUAUAAACCCUGGCCGUGACCACCCUGCUGUAUCCCCUAUCCUUCUGGAAAGCUCUGUAGCAUUCUGGGACCUGGGGCAGGGCUGCCUGUGGCUCCCAGGCAGGGGCGAUGGCAAGAUAGAUGGCUGAGCCUGAGCGGCCCAGGGUCUGGCUGGGUCCAGGCUUGUGGUUGGGCUGCCUGACAAAGAAGACAGGGUAGUCCUGCCCACCCGCUCUGGGCUGCCUGCGGGGCAGCCUGACAUGGUCAGGGCCCUUAUCUGCUGUUCCGUUUUACCUACGGUUCCUCACAGCAUCCCCACAUGAAUCUGUGAUGUAGGCAUUUAGGAGGCACUCGAAUGACGUGGUGAGAGUGCAGCUCUCAGCCCGGUCUGGCUCCAAAUCCAAGCGCGAUCACUCACUUGCUGUGUGACCUCGGGUAAGUCACUUCACCUCUCUAAGCCCUGUGUUCCUCAUCUGUGCAGUGAGGCUUAUGACAAUACUACCUCAUAGGGCUGUCAUGGGGAUCUGGCCUGAUGAAAUAUGCAAAGGGUUCACAUAGUGCCUGGCACUUGGAAAGUGCUCAAUAAAUGUUUUUAUCAAAAUGUGUACCCACGUGGCUCAGGCCGUAGCUUUGGCAGUCCCUAUGUGGCAGAAUUCUCCCCUCCAAAGUGCGUGGGGGCUGAGGGCUUCAUGGACCGUCACAUAGGACUGUGCUGCCCCAUUAGCCAUGGAGAGGUUUUGUGUUCCCAGAAUGACUAUUUCAGAACAUAGCCCUUGGAAAUACCCAGCGGGAGUUUCUGCUUGCUUUUAAAAUUGCAGGUCCUUGGGUCUCGCCUCCAAACCCUUUGGAAUCAGAAACUCUGACUAGAGCCAGAGGUCCAUCUUGAGCAGGCCUCUGGGUGGCCACAGAUGCCCCUGCAUCAGCGUUCCCUUCCCCAUCCCCAGCAGUCCAGGGCGGAGCAAACCAGGCUCAUUGGUGGGCAGGGAGAGAGAAAAGGGGCCUUGGCUGAGUUUCCUCAUUUAUUUUCACAAUCACCCUUCUGGGCCACACUGCCUCAGCUACAGGAGAGAAAACUGAGGCUCGAGAAGGGACAGGGCAGGAAGUUGGAGAACUGUUGGACUCAGUUUGGUACAUUAGUUUCCUUGAAGGGCUGACACAUUGCUCUGACUUCAGUGCUGGGGCCUAGGGCUAGAGCUCAGAGCAAGCCCAACUUAACCACAGCCUCAGGACGGGUAGGACGCAGUGGGAGGGGCAAAUGAGGCGGUAGUGCACAGCUGAGGGGUGAGGGCUAUAAGUGUACCCAGCCCUCAUAAAAGUCAGAGGAGGGAUUGAUAAAGAUAGGAUGUCUCUUUGGAGGCAGUGGCAUUUGAGCUGGGCCUUCAUACAGAGUGUUUUCACACAUGGAUAGUUAGGGGAAGGCAAGGUAUGAGCAAUGACUUCAAGGUAUGACAAUGGAAGGCCUGUUGUAUUCCUGUGCCAGUGAAUGCACCAGGGUGACCAGAGAUUUGGAUGCAGUGGGUAGAUUAUGAUAAUUGCUGACAUGUUCAAGCCUCCACAUGGAUGUAUUAUAGGCACUAUACUAAGCCUUUUAUUUCAUAUUACCUCAGCCCCGUUAGGUGAGAAUUGUUACUUUUCUUAUUUUACAGAUGAGGAAGCAGAGGCACAGAGAGGCAAAGUUCUUUGCCCAAGCUCAUACAGUUAGUAAGUCACAGAGCUGGGAUUCAGGCUGGGGAGGCUUGUCUCCAUGUGAUGUUAGCCACUUUGCUCUGUUGAAAUAUGGGUUGAUAUUGAAGCAGAGAUCCUUGGAUGUUGGGUUAAGGAAUUUGAACUUUAUUCUCUAUGUAAUGGAUGAGUCAUAGGAGGCAGUAAACAUUUUUAAAACUUGUGACAUUAAAGGAAAUGUUAAAAACCGCAUUUUCAUCCUAAUACAACUAUUUAUAUUUCUGCCUCUUCCUGCCAGUGUACACAUGCAUGCACAUUUACCAGAAUCAUGAGGAUUAAUGUGCAUUAGGCACUUAUGCUGUGCUUGGCAUGUCUUAAGCACUUCAAAGUAGGUGAUGUUUUUAAUCACAUUUUACAGCUGAGAUGAGGCAACAGGCUCAGUUAGGUUAAGCAACCCCAAGUCAUGCAGCAGUAGGUGGUGGAGCCAGGUCACAGAACAUAUCAAAAUCAGGUAUGACAUUUAACAGAUGCAGAGUUGGACUACAGGGAACAAGGCUAGGGCAAUUCUGAGGUUCCCAUAGCUGAACAUUUCCUAGGUUGACAUAUGGGGGAAUAUCGAAGCCCAAGAGGGGAACACUCUUAGUCAAAGAUCACCCAGUACCCCAGGUUCUCUUACAGAGCCCCAAGGUACUGGACAGAAUAUAGUGUGAAGGAGCUGUCCUAGACAUCCAGAGUCCCACAGAUUUUGGCAUCUGGAAGAGCUGAUGCCCUGCUCCUGAAUCCUGGCCCUGCCCCUUCCUGGCUGUGUGACUGUGCAAGGCACUACACCUGUCUGAACCUCCCUGUCCUCAUAUGUCAAAUGAGGAGAAUAAAUUGUACCUACCCAAUGAAGUUGUCACAAUUCAGAGAGAGAAUUCAGGUAUAGAUCACAAAUUGGCAGCUCAUAGGUUGAUUCCAGCCUACAGAGAAACUUUGUUUACUUUUCAGUGUUAAAAAGUGAGCCAACAUUUAGAAAUAAUGAAAUUUAAAACCUACUGCAGUGGUGAAAAGUGAGAUGCAUUCUCUCUGUGUUAAGAACAAGACAAGGAUGCCUUCCAUCAUGACACCAACAUUUUGACGGAGGCCAAGCCAAAGCAACAAAUCAAGAAAAGGAGUAAAUGGUAUAAGGGUCAGAAAGGGUAAAAUAAUAGCAAGUACACUGAAAUA